CAAAACCACUAUGAAGCCGUGUGUAGAUCGAAGAAACUCAACAAGAAACGGGAUAUUAAAACUCAAAAGCCACGGCACAACGUUCAAAACCUUGUUGAUGAAAACUCCAGCUCCGAAGACUCAGACGAAGAUGGCUAUGCAUUUUCUGUGAACAGUACCGGUAAGGAACAAUCGCAACCAAUGUUCAACAUUGUCAUUCACGACACUCCAAUGACAAUUAUGGCUGAUUCUGGUGCUAGCGUAAAAGUGUUAGAUGAGAAAGACUACCAAGCCCUAUCCAAGCGUCCCUAGCUUCAAACAACAAAGGUGAAGAUACAUCCCUACAAGUCCAACAAGUCAUUAAAAGUCUUGGGAAAAUUCAAGACAGCCCUGAAAUUCAACACGAAGUGCGUGGAAGACAAAUUCUACGUAGUCCAGGGAUCCGGUGGUUCGCUUCUUAGCUGGAAGACAUCGCAAGAACUUGGACUCUUGAAAGCGGUGCACAACGUCAAUGAUAAUAGCUCCCCAACAACCGAGAAGCUGAUCAAGGAAUACGACGAACUAUUCCAUGGACUCGGAAAAUUGAAAGGGUACCAGAUUAAACUCCACAUUGACGAGAGUGUUCCGCCAGUCGCACAACCUCACCGCAGGGUUCCGUUUCACGUACGUCAGCAGUUAGAGGAACAACUAAAGCGAGACGAGGAACUCGGAGUUAUCGAGCGCAUCGAAGGCCCACACCAUGGGUAUCGCCUAUCGUAG